AUGAACGGAAAAGUAGUUGUCUCUGGUGUUUCCCUCAUCCUUGUGGUGGGUGUUGCCAUCGGUGUUGUGGUUGUGGUUAACAAAAAUGACUCUGAUCCUCACAUAGCUUCUCAACAGAAGUCUGUGAAGGCAAUGUGCGAAGGCACCGAUGAGCCUCAGCUUUGUCACGAAACUCUCAGCAGUGUGAAAGGCGAAAGCGCCUCAGACCCAAAGGUUUACAUACAAGCAGGAGUGGAAGCAACGAUGAAAAGCGUGAUCAAAGCUUUGAACAUGAGUGAUAGGCUCAGAGUGGAGCAUGGAGACCGCGACCCUGGCAUAAAAAUGGCUCUGGAUGAUUGCAAAGACUUGAUAGAAUUCGCGUUGGACAGCAUCGAGUCCUCGGCUAACUUGGUUAAUGACCAGAACCUUCAAGCGCUGCAUGACCAAUCCCCAGACUUCAGGAACUGGUUGAGUGCUAUAAUCGCGUACCAGGAUUCAUGCAUGGACGGGUUUAACAACGAGACAAACGGCGAGGAAGAGAUUAAGAAAAAAUUGAGUGAAGAUGGUUUGGACCAUAUGGGAAAGCUCACGGGCAUAGUCCUUGACAUUGUGACAAACUUGUCCAAAAUCCUUGAGAGUUUUGACCUGAAGUUGCAGCCGACCCCCGGUUCUCGUCGUCUUCUAGAGGUGAAAAAUGCAGGACUCCCUUCGUGGCUCUCUGCUGCAGAUCGGAGGCUCCUUGCUAGAGUGGGGAAAAGGGCAGCAGCCGCACCAAACGUAGUGGUUGCCAAGGAUGGUAGUGGUAAAUUUAAAACCAUUAAGGAAGCUAUUGACUCCUACCCUAAAGAUCUCAAAGGCAGAUAUGUUAUUUAUGUUAAGGCUGGGGUGUACAACGAGUACAUCAUCAUUCCUAAGAAAUCAGCCAAUAUUCUCAUUUAUGGUGAUGGCCCUACAAGGACCAUUGUUACUGGUCGCAAAAACUUUGUAGAUGGCGUCAAGACAAUGCAAACUGCUACCUUCGCCAACACUGCACCAGGAUUCAUCGCAAAGUCAAUGGCAUUUGAGAACACCGCUGGAUCGAGCAAGCACCAGGCAGUGGCAUUCAGAAACCAAGGAGACAUGUCAGCAAUCUUCGACUGCGCAAUGCACGGUUACCAAGACACAUUGUAUGUCCACGCGAACCGUCAAUUCUACCGCAACUGCGAAAUCUCAGGCACCAUCGACUUCAUCUUCGGAGCAUCUGCUGCUUUGAUCCAGAACUCCAAAAUCAUCGUGAGGUUGCCAGACCGUAUCCAGUUCAACACAGUGACAGCUGACGGAAGGAGUAAGAAGAACAUGGCCACAGGGAUCGUGCUCCAGAACUGCGAGAUAGUGCCAGAAAGGGCUCUGUACCCUACUAGGUUUCAAGUUAAAUCGUACUUGGGGAGGCCGUGGAAGCAAUAUUCAACAACAGUGAUUAUGGAAUCCAGCAUAGGUGACUUUAUUCAGCCAGAAGGGUGGGCCGUUUGGAGUGGGAACCUUUAUCUUAACACCUUGUACUAUGCUGAGUAUGCUAACAGUGGACCUGGUUCCAAUCUUCAGAAAAGGGUCAAGUGGAAGGGUUACCAUGGAAGUAUUCAAAAACCGGAAGCCACAAAAUUCACUGCUGCCCAAUUCCUCAAAGGUGGACCUUCCGGAAAUGCUGAUGAUUGGUUGAAGGCUACGGGGGUUCCUUACACGGUUGGAUUCAUCAAACAAAAAUGA